UAUAUUAUUCGUGACCGAUCGUUGGGACGAAAUAAGCGAGCUUAAUUAUGCCGAAUGCAAAAAAAUAAUAAAUAGUCCAAGUUCACGGACGAAGGUGGUGCGCGAGGAUGGAGGUGGUGCUGCGAGGUGUCUGGGCCGGCUUUUUCGGCGUCGACACCCUCGUCGCUGUGGUAUUUACCCUCGUUCUCUUGCCGACUCUGCUGCUCAGUUAUCCAGUUUGUCAAUGGACAAGGCGUUGCUGGGUGCGCUUCGUCAAAUGGAAGUACCCGAGGAGCAUCGUCGUCGAGGAGAGCAGUAUCCGCAGUAUACUGGACCAGGGCAGAAAUCAAGGUAUUUACACGCUGCUGGUCGAUUGGCCGUCGAUGGUGACCGAACACCUGAGGAAUCACUUGGUACAUCUGGCUGGUGCAAAGCCACUACUGCGCAUGGCACUCACGACCAAGGCGUACCGCUACACUUGGGACGAGCUCGAGAACUUCUCCGUGGACAAUCACCUCAUCGUCUCACCUGGCCUUUUCAAGGGCAGGCCCAUCACUGAGCUCAACGUUCAGGACUACGUGAGCGACGCGACGUCAAAGUACCUGGCAGCGAACCACUCGCCCUGGCAGGUCCACGUGAUCCUGGGCCGGUACUGCCUGGUACGGGCGCACCACCUGGUCCUUCGCCAAGAGCGCAUGGUCCUCGGGGAUUUUUUGCCGCUCGAGCGGGCGCGCUGGUCCUCGUGCUCGGCCAGCCGGGAGCGCGUCCUCGCCUCGCCCUUCGCCAACAUGUACGCCGAGCCGUCCGCCCUACCAAAGCUGCACCAGAAGCUCACCGAGAGCUUCAGCAACGUCUGGAACGAGUUUCUCUGCAACAACGAGCCGACCGAGCGGCCCGAGAUAUUCAAGAGACGCAUCAGCCUGUGGCAGUGCGCCAAGAUAGCCGUCAUCGUGUGCUUCUCCACCGCCAAGGAGAUCACCAGGCAAUACCAUCGCAAAGAGGGCCUGGGAGCGCGCGACCUGUGGCCGAUUUACGUCCGGGAGGCGCACAAGCGUCACUUUGCGUGGCCGGUGAUUUUCCAAGCCAUCCUGAAUCUCCUGAAUCCCGUGGAAAUCCUGCGAACCACCGCCGCCUGGCUCUGGUACUUGGCGAUCUGCGCGAGCCUCAAGGUACCGAUCCUCGUCUGGCGCGAGAUCCGCGCCGCCAGCCUCCUCCACGAGCACCACUACUACCCGGACAGCCUCGUCUCCAUUCUUUCUUGCUACCUGCCCCUCGUGUUCAGGGCGAUCCUGGAGGUCUUCUCGAUCCUGGCCAUGGCGGUUAGCGCUCCGUUCGCCAUAGCGGAGGAACUCUUUCGGUCCCGCACCUCCACCGAGGACUUUCGCAGCGUCUCGCAGAGCGGGAGGAAGGUCGUGGCCUGGUCCGAGGAGAUCGAGCUCGGGCUCCUGCAAAAGAUCGCAGCCGUCAGCGGGGCGUGCGACGCCGAGAUCCUCCUCGCCGCCAGCGUCGACUCGCUCAGGGAGUACUUCAGGUGUUCCGGACAAACGAUACCCAACGAGGUCCUGGCGACGGUCAAGUUCGCCAGUCAGCGGUCGUUGUACGUCGCGAGCGGCGAGGCCAACGGCUUGCUGUGCCUCGCCCUGCCGACUCAGACGCCGCACUUUGACGACGACCUCGUCGAGAUACUCCAGGUCGUCCAGAGCAACGUCGGGGAGGCCAGGCGCAAGCAACGCGCCAUCUACGGGAUAACCGCGGUGGAGACCGCCUCUGGCUUCUUGACCUCCUGUCUGCCCUAUGUCUUUCUCAAGGUUGUCCUGAACCACCUGACCAGGAGAUACCGCAUAUCGUUGACCCACGUCGACGGCGACUUGCCGGUCGACGGUGUCCACUCGGCAGUUUUCUGGAAGCCCCCCCAAGGCAACUGCUGCUUGUCGAUGACGCUGCACCGGCACGGCAAAGCGGUGAGACUCGGGGUGAUGGGAGACGCGAUCAUCGGGCCCCAGCAUGCGGCCAUAACGAGCGCCUUUCCACGUAGCAUCGAGAAGCUGGCUCGCACCCUGGGGGUUUAGAGAAUCGAGGAGACGAUGAGCCGCAGUUCCAGUCCUUCGAUCGCUGCCGACUACUGAU